GCUCGCAGUCAUAUCCACUCAUUUGCUCUGACUCUCACUGGGUCUCGUAUCUCUCCACUGCACACACUUAAAAACACUUGCUCUCGGCGGUGGACUCGCACGUCUGACCGAGCAGCUCAGAGGACGGCGGGUCAAUAUUUGACCAGUAGGGAAGAAACAAGGAAACAAAAGAAGAAAAAACUGGAAAACUUUCUGCCUCUUUUUCAGAGGAGACUUUGAACUCGGACGGGGUGAAGAAAAAGUUGCUUUUUGGUUUUGUUUUUUUCUCUCAAAGCAAGUGGAUACCAACCUAGAAAGGAAAUAGCUUUUCUUUCUUAUUUAUUGUUGGACUUUUGGACUUGGACUUGGGCGAGAGCACACACGGAGGAAGGAGAUGGGGAGAUGGACGUGGCAUCUCUCGGUGGGGAUUGGCGUUUUCGUCGUCCUCUUCGCCUGCUGUCAUGCUGAAGCCAACUACUGCUUCGCCUCCAGGGCCAAAAGCUGCUCGGAGUGUCUGCAGGUGGGGAAAGGCUGCGCCUACUGUCCCGAUGAGACCUUCAGCGGGCCUCGCUGUGACUUUUAUGACAACAUACUGGCACAUGGCUGCGGUGCUGCGACUGUCAUCACAGCUAAAAGCAGCAUGAUGGUGGAGAAAAGUCAAAAGAUCGACAUGAACUUGCAGCAGUCUCAGGUGUCGCCCCAGCAGGUGAGCAUGACGUUUCUGCCGGGAGAGGAGAAGAUGAUGGACGUGGAGGUCUUUGCUCCAACCAAAGGACCUCUGGACCUUUAUAUUCUCAUGGACUUCUCAAACUCUAUGAAGGAUGAUUUGAGCAACUUGAAGAACAUGGGCAAAGAGCUGGCUGUGCUGGUGGAAAAGCUGUCGCAUGACCAUACCAUUGGAUUUGGAAAGUUUGUGGACAAAGUGAUCGAGCCCCAGACUGACAUGAGACCCUCUAAACUCGCCCAGCCAUGGCCCGACAGCGACCCUCCAUUCUCCUUCAAAAACGUCAUCACGCUGACAAGUGAUCUGGACUUCUUCACCAGUGAGCUCCAGAAGGAGAGGAUAUCUGGGAACCUGGAUGCUCCUGAAGGGGGGUUUGAUGCCAUCUUGCAGGCUGCAGUGUGUGGGGAUAAAAUCGGCUGGCGCAAACACAGCACGCACCUCUUAGUUUUCUCCACCGAAUCAGCCUUCCACUACGAGUCAGACGGCGCCAACGUGUUGUCGGGCAUUCUGCCGCGUAACGACGAGCAGUGCCACCUGGACGCGGAUGGAACCUACACAAAGGCGACGCUGCAGGAUUACCCCUCAAUACCCACACUGGUCCGUCUACUGGGGAAACACAACAUCAUCCCCAUCUUCGCUGUGACCAACCACUCCUACACGUUCUAUGAGAGACUCCAGAAAUAUUUCCCCAUCGCUGAGGUUGGUCUGCUUCAGGAAGACUCAUCCAAUAUCCUGCAGGUCAUGGAAACUGCCUUUGAGAGUAUCCGCUCCAAGAUCAGCAUUCGUGCGGAGGAGAGACCGAAGGCCUUCGAGGCACAGUUCUUGACCAUGAGCGGGAAGGUUGCACAGUAUGGCGACUUUGACUUCAAGCCUGGAGAAAUUGGCAACUUCAAGAUGAGACUCAAGGCCCAACGAACCAUUGAUGAGACUCUGGUCUGUCAGAUGGAUCCAGCUGAUACAGCGGGAACAAUGAGAGUCAAACCCACAACCUUCAAUGCUGCCGUCAACGUGAAGGCCUCGAUCCUCUGUCCGACCUGCGACUGUGAAAAGACUCCUCUCCCUAAAGCUGAUAGAUGCCAUGGAAACGGAGACUUGGUGUGUGGGAGUUGCCAGUGCUUCGACGGCUGGCUGGGUAAUUUCUGUAACUGCUCAGCGAGUGCUUCAGCCCUGGACACCAACCAGUGCAUGGCACCUGGCAUUGUGCAGCCCUGCUCGGGCCGUGGAGACUGUCUGGCAUGUGGAACCUGUGUGUGCUACAACCCAGAUCAGUUUGAAGGACCUUUCUGUCAGUACGACAAGAGCCAGUGCCAAAGAGUUAGCGGUUUCCUCUGCAACGAUCGUGGCUCUUGCGUCAUGGGCCAGUGCGCCUGUACCGAGGGUUGGGAGGGCAACGCCUGCGACUGUCCCAAGAGCAACCAGACCUGUGUGGACAGCAAGGGGGGGAUCUGCAGCGGGCGAGGUCAAUGCGUGUGCGGCCGCUGCACGUGUCCAGACUCCGGUAUCGAGCUGUCUUCAACCUGCGAGCCAAACUUUCAGUACCAAUUAGGAGUGUGUGAGAGCACGAGGAGUUGCGCCCAGUGUAAGGCGUGGAAGACGGGCGAGAAGAAGGAUGAAGAAGUGUGCAACAAGUGCCCCUUCAGAGUUGUGAUGGUGGAUGAACUCAAAGAGCGGGAAAAAGUGCUUGAUUCGUGCAGUUUCCGUGACGAAGACGACGACUGCACGUACCGCUACACUGUGGAGACGGACAAAGAUCCCACAGUUAAAGAGCUGCUGAUCCAGAUGCUGGAAAAGAAAGACUGUCCAGCUGCAAGUCUCCUGUGGUUGCUGCCCCUCCUCCUGUUCCUCCUGUUACUCCUGGCGCUCCUCCUGCUCUGCUGCUGGAAGUACUGCGCCUGCUGCAAAAGCUGCUGGCAGAGCUGCCUUGCCCUGCUGCCUUGCUGUAGGAGGGGUCGCACAGUUGGCUUCAAGGAAGACGAGUAUUUGCUUCGUAAGUCUCUGCUCACCUCAGACCAUUUGGAUACACCAAUGGUGAGAGCCGGCCCGCCCAAAGGAACCGAUGUGGUCCGCUGGAAGGUCAAAGACAACGUGCACCGCGGACCCAAUCACCCUCAGGCUCUGAUCAAGCCGAACCCUAAGGAGAUAAUCCAGUUCCCCAUCUCCCUUCGACUAAACAGACUGUUCUCUGAGAACUUAACUCACGCUGAAUCCAGAGAUGGUGAACAACUCCGCAGGGAAGUGGCUGAUAAUCUAAAUCAAGUGUAUAAGAACAUUCCCGGCGCACAGAUGGUGCAACAGACAUCGUUCAGAACGCAGAGAAAUGCAGGCAAAAGGCAGGACUACGUCAUCAUGGACACGGUCUUACCUGCGCCUUACAGCAGAUACCCAGAUAUAGUCAAACUCACGGAGAAGAAUGUCCAGUCGGGCAACUUCCAUGACCUCAAAGUGGUGCCGGGCUACUACACCGUAGCCUCAGACAGAGAGGCCACGGGAGCCAUCGAGUUCCAGGAGGGCGUGGAGUCACUGGACGUCCACGUCCCGCUCUUCGUCAAGGAUGAAGAUGAUGACAAGAAGCAGCUGCAGGUGGAAGCCACGGAUGUGCCCCUGGGCAUCGCUGAGAUCGGAAAACGCUUGGUCGACAUCACCAUCAUCAAAGAGCAUGCCAGCAGCGUCUUCUCAUUCCUUCAACCGGCGUACUUUUACAGCAGACAGGAUGGAGUGGCCAACAUCCCGAUCAGCAGAGAGAUCAUUGAGGACGGACGCACACAGGUCACCUACCGUUCACGAGAUCUCACUGCCAAGGACAAGAAGGACUACGUGACGGUGGAAGGAGACCUGACCUACGGUCCCGGUGAGACCCAGAAGACGGUCCCUGUCCGCCUGCUAGAGCUGAGCGAGAAAGAUGGCUUGUUAGAGGAUAAACAGGUCAAACAGUUUGUCAUGGACCUCAGUAACCCACGCCAAGGCGCAAAGCUGGGACGCUACCCAAGAACCACCGUCACCAUCUCUGACCAACCAGAACCGAGUGUGAUGAUGUUCAAGAAGGGCACCCAGAACUUCACCACGUCCGAUCCAACCUACACCAUCCCUGUGGUGCGGACUCGCAACCAGGACAUUCCUGCCACAGUGAAGUGGUGCACCAAAAAGGCUCAGCGCUUCGACCUCUCUGGCCUUCUGAAGUUUGGUCCCGGAGAGACGGAAAAGAACAUUGUGAUCGACCCAAAAGCCCACCCUGGACCGAUCCAGCCAGAGACCUUCAACCUGGAGCUGUUGGACCCAAGCAACAACGCUUCCAUUGGAGAGAGGAGGGCCACCAUUGUCAAUGUCACCGAAGGAGGUCCAAGAUCUCCAGAAAUAGCAAUGAUGCAACAGAAAGGCUUCAUCAAUAAUAUGGCCACCUCCCCUGGCGGUCACCUUCUGCCCCCGGGUAAUCUCAAGGCCAAAGCGACCGGACCUAGAAACAUCCGUCUGAACUGGGACCCGUCACCUGGCAACCCAAUGGGCUACAAGGUGAAGUAUUGGAUCUACGGCGACCCGGAGAAAGACGCACAGGUCUUAGAUGUUAAGACUACUCAAGCUGAGUUGACCAACCUGUACCCUUACUGCGACUACGAGAUGCGAGUGUGCGCCUACAAUUCACUGGGAGACGGCUACGAUACCGACAUGGUUCCCUGUCAAACACUGGAGGACGUGCCUGGUGAACCUGGACGCCUGGCCUUCAACGUCAUCAGUCCAACCGUCACUCAGAUCAGCUGGGCUGAACCUGCGGAGACCAACGGCAACAUCACAGCAUAUGAGGUCAUCUACAUACCCAUCGACGACGAAAUGAAGCCGGAGGGAACGCCUAAGAAAGUGGUUAUUGACAAUCCUAAGAAGCGGAUGCUGUUGAUAGAGAACCUGCAGAUCGCCCAGACGUACCAGUACAAAGUCCGAGCUAAGAACAGUGUGGGCUGGGGCCCCUACAGAGACGCCACCAUCAACUUGGCGUCCCAGCCUGCCAGACCUCUGUCCAUUCCCAUCAUUCCAGAUGUGCCCAUCGUGGACGCCGAGGCAGGAGACGAGUACGACAGCUACCUGAUGUACAGCAGUGAUGUGCUGAAGUCGCCUCCGAGCUCCAAGACCCCCAGCGUCUCUGGUGAUGAUUACGCCAUGAACGGAAAGUGGGACCACAACUUCCUCUUCCCUGGGGGCUCGUCCACGCGCAACAUGUCUGCAUCAUCCUCUCCGAUGUCGACCCUGAGCUCCAACUACAGAGGGGGCGGCGGCUCCUUCACCACCGAGACCACCACCUCCUUCAUAUCGGGACACGGAAGUCUUCGUGGGCAGGACAUGACCGGAGGGGGGUCGCACAUGAUCGGAGGGGGUUCGCACACAACUGACGUCAUCAUGAGGAAGCGUUCAGAGAACAGAGUUUACAUGGAUGAAAACAUCCGGGACUCUAUUGUCAUGGGAGACAUGUCGGGCAAACUCCCAAACCUGGGUGGGCUCGGCUACACUGGGAUGCAGAGCAGCUCUCAGAGCCAGUCCAGCUACGGCCUGUCUCAGGGCCCCAGAACCAGGACCCAGUCCACAGACAUCAACGAAGCCUUAUAUAAUCUGGACAGGGUGCUCUACGAUGCUCGGCUCUCUCCCGGCGUGCCGGACACCCCCAGCAGGCUGGUGUUUUCUGCUCUGGGACCGACUGCCCUCAAAGUCAGCUGGCAGGAGCCCCACUGUGAGAGAAACAUCCUGGGCUACUGCGUCCUGUACCAGCUGCUCAACGGAGGUGAGACGAAGCGCAUCAACGUGACGAACCCGGCGGAGAACUCGGUGAUCAUCCACGAUCUGCUGCCCAACCACUCGUACUUGUUCAAGGUGAAGGCUCAGAGCCAGGAGGGCUGGGGUCCAGAGAGAGAGGGCGUCAUCACCAUCGAGUCGGCCGUGGACCCCAACAGUCCCCUCAGUCCCAUGCCAGGCUCGCCAUUCACCCUGAGUACCCCCAGUGCCCCAGGCCCUCUGGUGUUCACGGCUCUGAGCCCCGACUCCCUGCAGCUCAGCUGGGAGAAACCUCGUAAACCCAACGGCGACAUCCUGGGCUACGUGGUCACCUGUGAGCAGCUACACGACGGAGGGGAUGUGCGUUCUUUCCAGGUGAACGGCGACAAUGCCGAGACCAGUCUGACAGUUCCAAACCUGACUGAGAAUGUCCCCUACAAGUUCAAGGUUCAGGCUCGAACCACUCAGGGCUUCGGUCCCGAGCGGGAGGGGAUCAUCACCAUCGAGUCCCAGGAUGGAGGUGCCUUGUCUCAGUACAACAGCCAGUCAAUGAUGACGAGGGAUGUUUUCCACAUGCCAACAGAAGUCCGGACGCAAACCACCGUAGUCAAUGAUCCUUACUUCUCAGACGGGAUGAUGAUGACCACACAGCACACAGAAACCGGCAGCAUGGUGACCCGGCAGGUCACCCGGGAAGUGGUCCAGAGGGGCGUCGUGGGAGCAUCUACUGUCACAAAGCAGAUGUACUAUCAGUCCUAAGAUCCACAUCCCAGACCUCCGACUGCGACGAGUGUGAAAAUCUCCUAAAAGGAGUCGGCUUCUGAGUGGACUUGCCACAGCGUAUGUUUUUAUGUAUUUCUGUGUGUGGUUAGACGGAGAAGAAGCCGCUCUUUCGUGUCUGUUACAAACUGCGGCCACUUUUCACUGUGAGCACGCUUCAUAUGAACAUUUAUCUUUCUCUCCAUUAAGCACGUAGCUUGGUGUUUGACUCCACUCCCUCCGCGAGCUCCCAUCUGCUGACACACACCAGGUUUUAAAAAGUAAUCUGGGGGUCGGCCAUCCAACUUCUCCAAUGUGCUCCUCAGAUGGGUUUCAUUUGUUUGUACUAUUUCAGCUCAAGCUCUUCAAAUACCGACCAAGUUUUACCUGAAAGUUUUCUCUGAAAAGCACCCGAGGCCUUAAAGUUUUCGCUGUAGUUUCUCCGGAGAUGCUUCCCCCGGACGAUCAACAGUGUUCUCCCACUAUUUUUGUGCAUAGGUUUGUAUUAUAUUAAAGUGUGAUGAGGUUUUUUUGUUUUAUUCCCAACAUAUUUAAUACUUUUAAAGGUUUUUACUUUUGCAAACUGACAUUGAGAUGAACUCCAGGUAUUGAGCUGCAUCUGCGAAACGGGUCGCUGCUCAUUUACACGCGGGGUUUCCUGCUGACAAGAAAGGGCGAGAGCUGAUCGAUGCAAAUGAUCCGACUUGUAUUCAGUGGGCCGUGCUUUUGUGUUGUUUUCAGAGGACAUCAAUAUUGAAUCAUGUUGACAUUUCUUAUUUCCUUGGACUGCAUGUCGAAUGCGUUCAGCGUUUCAGGAGGAUCGUUGAGUGAGCAGGGAGGUACGCUGGAGGAACGGUGUGUAAAGACGGAACGAUUGUAUUUGCUGCAAGUGAUACUGUAGUUUAGCUUCACUGAAGUGGUUUUAUCGGUUAAGAGAAUAUUCCUGACAUCCAUCUUCUAGACCUGCUUCAACCUGUUCAGGGUUGCAGAUGCCAUUUGGGUGAAGAGAAUAGUCUUAGUUGGAAAAAGGAUAAGUAAGGUUGCUAAGUACUUUUUAUCAGUUUGUAUGAUUUACUUUUAAAACAGUUGUGCUUUUUUGCAUUGUCUCUUUUUUAUGUCUAUUCUAUUGCACUUAAUAAAGAUUUAUGAUUUGA